AUGAUCCGGAUCUGGUUGCAGCUGUUUGAGAAGGAACCAGAGGAAGAAGCGGCCAGAAUUGACUUCAGGAAGAAGUUCUUCAGUAUAACCCUGCCAAGAGAUCUACCCCAUGGUGGUGGAAAGCCUCCAAAUUAUCAUUUGGGGGCAGAAGUCUAUCAUCCCAACUUCUGUGCAAGACAACUUGGCUGCCCUCAGCUCAUUCCACUCAAAUCCUACAGGAGCUGCAAUCGAGCUACUUCCUGGAGAGUUGCAGAUGAUCUGGAAGUGCACAAGGAUGCCAGAUGCGCGGUGAAUAAGAUAAACAACAGCGUAGAUGCUCUCUAUCCAGCCUGGGAACCGAAUUCCUGCAGUUCUGACGAGUUUGACGCUUGGUGGAAAGCUAGAUUCCAAGGCAUGCCUGCCUGCAGCACUGUACUGAAAAUCCUUUUUUAUGGCUGGGAUUCCUGGGUUGUUCAUGUAAGCGAGGAGACUCACAAAUUCAUGGUGCAGACCAUUAAGGCCAUCAAUGCUCAAGCCAUAAAAGAUCCUUCUCUGACAAGGAACAUGGGUGGUCAGUCUGUCCAGGCUGGAGAAGUGAUUGUUACUUAUGUCAUUGUUGCUGGAGAUUUGGAGCUUCCCUCUAGAGUUGAAGAGGAUGAAACUCUGCCAGAAGGAAAAGAAAAGAAACUGCUCCUGCUCAGGCCAACGCUGCCCAGCCUAAAGUUUCUGCUUAGAAAGAGGACCGAAGUUGAAUCUGAUGAGAUAGAAGAGCCUGCAGUUGUUCCAACUAAGACUUCUGGAAUUGAUGAUGAGCUGCGAGAGGCUUUCGAAGCUGUUGAGCAGGAGAAGGAGAAAGAAAGAGAAAAAGAAGGAGAUGAGGAAAUUCCCGCUGAGGAUGCAGAGGUAAAGCAUUCUACUGCUGUUCUGGCAUCUGAGGAACAGGCUGAGCAGUCCGCAUCAGAGCCUGUGGAGCAGACAGAACUUCCUAUUGCAGUCCUAGGAUAUGGAGUGGGGGUAGCUGCUGCGGUAGAAGUGCCCAGAACUGCUGGAAUCUUGGCAGUGGUGACCAGCCCUCUAAAGCUUCCCAUAGUUGCCAUGCCCAUCCAUUCUCUUCCAGGCAAGGCAAAAUCUAAGGUAAUGAAUGAGGCAGUGGAUAGAGUGAAGAUCUGGCAAUCCACUGAGCUGGAUUUGGAUAAAAACCAAGAAGUUGUUGACCAACUGAUGAAGGACCAGGACCUGCUACAUAGAGAAAGCAUGGCUCCUAGGGCCAUCCUUGAAAUCAGCCUAGGCUUGGCGAGAGAUGUGCUCAAUCUCCACAAUCGCUAUAAAGAUCUCAAGCCUUCUUUUAAAGCAUCUGAAUUCUGCAAAGCUACUCAUGAAGCCAACCUGGUUGACUACCAGAAACAGAAGGCAGAAUUGGAUAUGAUGGUUGCCGAUUACAAGGAGACCAAGACUGCUGGUGAUAAACUGGAAAAGCACAUGGAAGAACUUCAGAAGCAGCUGGCUAACUUGAGGGGCAAGCAGAAUAGGCUUGGGGCUGGAUUGAGCAGUAAGACCAAGUCAACCUUCCUCGUGUAG